UUGGCAGCAGCAGCAGCAGCAGCAACACAAGGCGGUGAUUCAGCAACAUGGACGGCUCUGUGUCCAAUGUGGAGAUCUGCAACCUGGCCUAUGCCGGCCACCUGGAGCAACUCAAGGCCCUCAUUCUAACAGACAAGAUGCUAGCUACAAAAACUGACCAAGAUAACAGGACAGCUUUACAUUGGGCAUGCUCAGCUGGACACAAGGACAUUGUAGACUUCCUGCUACAUCUUGGAGUACCAGUCGAUCCUAAAGAUGACGUCAGCUGGACUCCCUUGCACAUUGCUGCAUCAGCAGGCCGCGAAGAAAUCGUGAGAGUGCUGAUUAGCAAAGGAGCUCAGGUCAAUGCUGUCAAUCAGAAUGGUUGCUCCCCUCUGCAUUAUGCUGCAUCUCGAAACAGAUAUGAGAUCGCAAGCAUGUUAUUAGAGAAUGGAGCUGGCCCCAAUAUUACGGAUAACAUCCACUCUACUCCUUUGCAUAGAGCUGCAGCGAAAGGAAAUUUCCACAUGGUCCAGCUUCUACUGAAGCACAGAGCCUCUACAAACCUCCAGGAUCUGGAGGGAAACACGCCACUACAUUUAGCAUGUGACGAAGAACGGGUUGAAGAAGCCAAGCUGUUGGUGGAGAACGGAGCAAGUAUUUAUAUUGAAAACAAAGAAGAAAAGACGCCUCUGCAAGUGGCUAAAGGUGGACUUGGCCUGCAGUUGCGUAGGAUAGUAGAAGGUUCAAAUUAAACUUGCUGCAGAAGAUCAGUAUCAACUUGCAUUUACCUCAAAACACUGACUUAGAACAAGAUGGGGGGGGGGAAGGGAACGGGAACAUUUGUGUAUUGCAUGCUUCGUUUUCCAUACAAUGUACUACUCGAUAGUACAUUACCUGAAACGCCUGUAGAAUUUAGGCUAGUGUGUGAAGUCUCACUGGCACGAUGUUCUGCAAAUGUGAAACUGCCUGUUGUUAAGCAACCUGCUAAAGCAGUGAUAGCAGCUGAGAUGGAUGAAUAAAUCCCCUCUUAUUUUUA